CUUAUCAGAGGUGGUAAGGGGCACCUAUUAGAAAGACAAAGGGGCACUAUUUGAAGUAAAAGGGGCAUUUUUCCUAUGUACAAAGGGAGACUUUUGGGACACUUUAAGAAAACUCAAAAAUUGGAGGCACUAUGCCCCUCCCCCGGAAGUGCCGCCUCUGACCUUAAUUUUCAAUCAAUUUUGAACAGUAACCUAAUAUAAUGUUAGUGGUACACAUGUAAUUUGGGAUUUGGGUUAGGGCUCCGGUUACAUGUAACAUGUGAAGGUUCUGAGUUAAGCAAUAAAAGAAAAAUCGAUACGAGCAACGCGAUUGCUCUUUGCUCAAGCAGACUUCCCGGAUAAUGCCCACUCCGGGCAAGCAUAUACGCGAGACGCGAUCACCUCGAUAUAAUCAAUAAUGGAUUAGACGCACGGACAUGACUUAUGCACAGACAGAUGAGUUAUCUCAUUGCACAGACCGUUCUUGUCAAAGCUCUUUCGAUCUGACCUGGACGGGUUUUUUUUUUCGUUCUGUCAUUUUACAGGGCAUGAGGGCAAUAUGUACACAAAGCGGACUCGUAUGACCAUCGCUGGUGGCGCCCUGUUAGUGAUAGUGGCCUUCAAGGCUUACGUUGAGUUGAGGAACCAUCUGAUCUCUAUCACCUAUUCUGAAAACAAAUAUGUCGCAUCAGUGGGCAGACUUCCAUACAGAAAUGAAUCAGUCCGGCCCCAAUCGAAUGAGGAGAUAUACUACGAACAUAUACCAGAAUUGGAAGAUCUUAAACUAAGCCUGGAUAUCCUAAAGACAGCUGCAGUUAAUCGGGAUAUCAAUUCUAAUAGUGACGCAGAUACAUUAUGGAUGAGGAAGAUAUUGAGUAAUAAGAGAGCUAGAACUACGUUCGAGGCCAAUAGGUUGUUGUACAAGCUCCAGGAUUCGGCUCUUCGUAACUCUACCACUGGUUGCGUUAUCAAGAUCUUGCAGAUGUGCCAUAGGUUGUUGUGCCUGAAGCAUAUCAAGGACAAGGCCAAAGACUUUUGGACGAGAUCGAAAUGUAAAUUCUCCAACUGUCGGAUUGAGAUGAAGGUUGGGAACGACCUGACGGACUUUCAACAGAGUGACGUGGUGAUCUUCCAUAUCGAUAAACGAACCUGGGCGCCACUAGUUAAAACCCGGUUGCCUGGGCAGCUCUGGGUGUUUCAUUCGAAGGAAGCUCCUAUCCAUGGCCCCCCUGCGAGCCCUCCAAGAGAGUUCGGAAAUCCGUUCAAUAUCUCGAUCUCUUAUAUGAGUGAGUCGGACAUCGCUCCUGGAUACUACUACCUGGACAGUGAGCAGAGAGACACAGACCCGAAAGUUCUUCGAAAGGAGAAGUUGAUGUCAUGGGUUGCGACCAACUGCAACGCAACUAGCUGGGCCAGGAGAGAUUUUGUUCAAGAACUCCAGAAGUACUUGCCGAUUGACACCUAUGGUCUAUGCGGGCAUCUGGACUGCCCCCGCUCGGAGAAAGAAUGCUGGGAAAUGCGUGGACAAUACAAAUUCUACUUAGCUCUAGAAAACAGCCAAUGCCCGGAGUACAUCACUGAAAAGCUCUGGCUAAACUCUUUCGCCGUCGGCACCGUUCCGAUCGUGUUUGGAGCACCGAAAGCCGAUUACGAGCGCCUGGCCCCGCCUCAUUCGUUCAUACACCUCGAUGACUUCAAGACCGUUCAAGAGUUCAUCGACUACAUCCAUCUCCUGGAUCGCGACCAGCAAAAGUAUCUGGAGUACUUCUCGUGGAGAAGGUUAGGUCACGUGAUGAAGGGGUCACCAAUCUUGACCACCAUGACUGCGAGUAACGGAAAGACCUUGUGCUUUAUUAUCAGGACAUUGCUCAUAAAAUCAUUGUCUCCAGAGAUGUACCAGUGGCAGGCUCGCCAUCCUGUCUUCUACGACUGGUGGUACGGGAUGUGUAGGGCAGAUACGCAGAAAACACGCAUUAUGGAUAUUGAUGUAACCAUGAAAACGGAUGUUGAUGUCUAAAUGCUAUAGUGAAUGUUAAGCUACGAUCACAAAGGUUCGUACGAACGAUAAUUUCGUACGAAUCUCCCUGUUUUUCCAUUGUCUUCCUGAUUUUCCAUUGUCUGAAAAUCGUUCGUACGGCGUUCGUAGCAGUUCGUAAUGGCAUUUGUGACCGAGGCUUUAUGCAGUUGCAUUAUAGAGACAAACUGAAAACAAAAAUCCUUGCCUCCUGAAAUAAAAUGUAAAUUUUUUCAAUUAUGAUGGUACCAAAUUCAGGAGAAUGUUGUGUAAUUAUUGCUUCAUAACCAUUGAAAUUUUUAUCAUGUUUAUUGCUAUUAUCAUAAUUUCUAUUAUCAUUAUUAUGAUUUAUAUUUUUAUUAUUAUUAUCAUCAUCAUUAUUAUUAUUAUUAUCAUUAUAAUUAUUAUUAGCGUCGUCGUCAUCAUCAUCGUCAUUAUUACCGUUGUUACAUGAAUAGUCGAAUGCUUUAUAAGCCUUGUCCAUUUUUUUUUUUUUUUAAAGUUGUCAUUCAUCACAAUUGAGAAGUGGGGGAUAGUUUUGGGGUAGAUUGUGUGUUUUAAUAAAAGAAAAGCUCCUAAUUUCAAUUCUGUAUAAUAACAAUUAUGUUGAGAAAUAUGAAACUCUAUUUUCUUUUUAGGUAGCCUAUUCAGUUUUAUUCUGAAAUAAAAGCAAUGCUUGUUUUAGUUUUUUGGUUGAAAUAAAUGUGUAGUGCGGUAAUAUAUUUUUAUUACUAUGUAAUUGUAAUAUAGUUUAGUCCUAUACAUUGUGAAAUUAUAAACAAUGAAUUAUGUUGUAUUUAUGUUGGUUUAUCAAAUGAUACCACAAAAAAAAUUGUUGUAAUUAUGUUUCAGUUUGUAUAAACUAGGACUACGGAAAAUUCUUUGCUUCUCUGUUAUGUACGAAAAGGAAUUGGAGUUGUGAGAAAUAAAUGCAAUGAAUACAAAUAAAAUAGUUGAAAGUUCGAAGUUUUAAA